AUGUCUACUUAUUUUCUCGAAAACAGGAAUGUUACUAGCUACUUAUCUUUGUGGGAUGAGGCCGCAUCAAGCUUCAUGGGACUUUUAAAAGAAGGGGAUAAAACCUUGUUUGUGAUGUUGGUGACCACCGUCAAUCCUAAACUGUUCGGAGGUAAUAUGUAUUUGAACUCCACACAAGGAAUUCGGUUCUUCUUUGAAACAAAAACCCCUGAAAUGGCAGAGUUGGUUAGCAGUGUUAGAACUACGGCAUCUGAAGAUUUCACCUGUGUCGACACUCUAGAAGGAAGCAAGAGGAAUGAACUUGUCUCCAUAAGGGAUCUCAACACCUUUAUCUACAACUCCAAUGAGCAUAUUCUCGUCUGA